GUCGCGUUCAAGCGAAGCGCGUUUUUUGGAGAGUUUGCCCUUUUGCAAAGUAGGAUUUGGAGCAGAAUUCCGUCCCCAAAACAGAAAAGAACGCUGUACCCGCUGGUGGUGGGCGAGUCUUUCUCGUCGCGCGCAUCGGCUGGUCUUCCUUCGGCAGGAAUACUAUUUUCACCACACUCGGUUACCUCGAAUACUAGUGAUAUUUUCCCGCAACAUCGUAUUGCGAAUCGGCUUUCAGAUGCGAUUAAAGAGCCAGGCUUGGUGAUGGAGGACACGAAGGAACCGACGGUUGAUUCGCCUGCACUGGUGUCGUUUGGGAACAUUUCAAGUAGACCUUUCCAACUGGACUACUUUGCUCGGUUCCUCGCACUUGUCGUUACCAUUGUCCUUAUUUAUCUUUUAUAUGAUGGGGGAGCGUGGGCCUUUGCAAGCUUUGUGUCUCUACCUCCCUAUUUUCGCCUGCUACUACUGGUCGACCUUGGCAUAUGGUGUUGGGCUACAAAUGUUCAUGUGCUUGUCGCGACAGGCAUAGAUCUAUAUCGCGUUCUAGAUGCGCAAGUCAGGAAACCAUCGUCCGUCUCUAGAUCGGAGGACACUACUGCUCUAUAUGGGAUUGCCGCGACGUUUACAAUCAUCACAUUCCUUAGCUUGGCAAUAUUUGCAAAGCUAGAAGCCAAAUGGGGUGAAGAAGCUGCCGAGAUUGUACCCUCGCUUACCUUUGUGCUGUUAACGGCUUUGAUUUUGUGGCCUCGCAAGGGCUUCUUUGCACGGGAGAGGGGUAGAUUUACACGUUCCCUAAUACGCACUAUUCUUGGGGGUCUGGGUUCUACCGUCCCGUUCUGCGACGUGAUCUUGGCGGAUAUCCUGACAUCUUUUUCAAAGAUCAUGGGAGAUUUGCAAAUAGUAUUUGCAGAUCUUGUUACAGAGGAAGUUUCCCACGGGCUCGCGAAAGCCGGAGCUAUUCCUAAAAACGUUGUCAUGAGUAGAGAAGCUUCAUCUGCCACUUCGUUACGAGUAUCAACACUCCGCAAUUUCCGUUUUUUGGAUUUCGUAUCUCCGUUUCUUGUCUGUCUCCCAUACCUAUUUCGUCUCCGCCAAUGUCUUGCCGAAUAUACCCAGUCAAGCUCCCCUUCCGCUCGCACUCGGCACUUGGCUAAUGCCAUAAAAUAUCUGUCAGCUUUACCCGUUGUGAUAACGGGCUUUCUGAUAAACUGGCUAGAGACGAAGUAUCAUGAUCAUCAUCAAGAGAACGUUCUGAAGCAUACCCAGCUUCGUGAUGCCCAGUGGAAUCUGAGUCUCUCUUUGGGUUUGUGGGUAUUUUUCUCGGUUGUAAAUUCGAUUUUCAGUUUGUACUGGGAUAUCGUGAUGGAUUGGCAUCUUGGAAACCUUCAAAGGCGACGCAGCACAUCCCGCAAUAGCUCAAAGUAUCCUGUUCUCCUUCGACCCGUGCUUCACUUCCGGUAUCCCUUUGUUUACUACGCUGCGAUUCUUCUCGACACGAUUCUCCGAAUGUCAUGGAUAGUGAGAGUCGCUAUCCUCCAACAAGUCGUGGACGGUGUUGGAACUCCUAAAGAAGGAGUCAAGCAAUCUUUGGCAGCGGUGGAUAUAGCUCUUAAAGUAUUGGAAGUUCUGCGAAGAUGGAUGUGGGUGUUCUUUCGAGUGGAACGAGAGUGGGUGUCACGGGGUCUAACCGCAAAUCAUGGGAUUGCUGGAAGUGGUGAUGCUUUGAGUCCAGGGGGGUACUUUGGACCGGACACGCCGAUAAUACCUUUAUGGGAUGCUCGGGUUGAUCCACAAAAGGAGGACGUUGAUUAGGAUAGAUCGGGCCAAUAGCAACUUUAUUUAUUUUGUACAGAUGAAACAUCUUUUCAAGUGAAAUUGCAGCGGUAGCAUUCAGCAAAAGUAGAUACCCAGGUGCUAUUUACAUAAGAUGUAUGUAAAAGACUAUAUCUUUCCGCA